AUGGAAAAGAGAUCAAUCAUAAACGGCCCUUCAACAUCAACCCAAAUGUGCGCUAUUAGUUCAGAGGAGGAUAGCGAUUCGUCUCCCGACGAAACCAUUGAAGACACCUUACCAGAUUUGGAUGAAGGUGUGUAUUUAUGUCGGUGUGUGUUAAGUCUGAUUUAUGUCAAUGUUCAUGUGAUUUAUGUUUCAGAUCUAGAAUCGGAGAAUGAAGUUACCACUAUACGAGAGAGUCCUGUCCAAAGUCAAGGCAAGUCAGCAGCCGAGAAAAAAACCAACGAGAUCAACAUUGCAAAGGCAAACGCUGCCAAGUCCAACCUUUUAAAGACAAACGCUGCCAAGGUAAACGCUACCAAGACAAGCACUGUCAACACGGUUGCUGAAAAGCCUGUCACUGCUAAAGUCAGUGCAAACAAAUCCCGUCAUUUGAACAAUCUCGCGAAAACGGUUUUCUCCAAGAUCUUCAACACGCAGAAGGAUGGUGUCGAAACCAUCAGUCGUUUCAAGCAGCCACUUGAUAUUGAGCCCCUCUCUCCCCUCCGUGACAUGAACCACCAGCUUCCGGCUCCAAUGUCGUCUUUAGUUUCCAGUCAUCAGCAUGUCGCAGCUUCUCCUGGCUCCAAGAGGCGUUUUUUUGUCGAUAGCAAUACUUCAUCUUCCCUCAAGAAACCCGCGAUUGCUCAAGAAUCCUCCUUCGACAAGAAUGUUUCUCGGCUGAUGUUGAAGAAAUCUUGCGAGAUCCUCCAAUGUGUUAAUCGAGUGGAACAGAAAAUUGAUCGACUGCUGGCCUUCCAGGACAACCAACACAUUGAAGACCUCUUCGACGAAGUUAUGAAGUUGCCUGUUGACGACUGUGACAGCUGGCAUAUGCUGGAGGAUCUUUUGAUGGACAAACGCAAUUGCAUCAAACUGGUUUCAUAAUAUUCGACAUUGGGUGGCAGUGACCUUGGUGACUUCGUCCGCCGUAUAUGGGCAGCCCUUGUGACGGACAAAUUUGGCUGCGAGUUGUCGUGGAUAGGAAGAGAUAAGAAGAAAAUAGCCGUAAAAGGAUCAAAUUGCUUUUCUCUCGUUGUUAGAACGGUAAAGGCAAACAUAAAGUACGUAGAUGUCAACGAUCCUGACAUUGAAAAGGCUUCCCAAGAUUGGAUUUUCUAGUCAAAACGUCGAGUCCAGCGCACUGAAGACACUUCAAACGUCGUUCAGUCGUGUGUUCCAAGUCUGUCGGAUUCCCCGGUUGCCGGAACCGGUGGAUGCAACAGAUCCGCAGUAUCCAACAUUUAAAACUCGGCUAGUUCGUCCGUCUCCAAUAAAGGCAAAGGGAAGAAGUAAACUAAGAAGAAACAAAUUAAGAAGAA